AGCUGAAGCAACCGCAGUGCCGCUGCCCUGGUUCUUGGCUCUCCGCGCCCUCGUCUGCGCACAUCCUACCCGGCCGGAGCCCGCGGACCCCACCUUCGCCCCCGCUUCCCUGCGGCUGUCCCCGGCUGUGGCUCUGCGGCCCUCGGGCGUGCCCGUGAAGCUCUGUCCCGGGGCCUCCUCGGCCUUCCGCGCCCCCUUCCUGCCCUGGGACCUCCCGGCCGACCGGACCGGAACACGCCACCCGCUCCCGCGUGCCCUUCCCCACGCGUGCAGGCCCCCCCUGCUGCCCGAGAUCCCGCGUGUCUGUCUUAGGAAACCGCUGCUUUUCGCCUCCGUGUGUCGCCAUGUGUGGCUUUGGUGGACGUCUGUGAAGGAAAUCCAGUCCUCUCACGUGUGUGCAGUUGGCAAAAGGAGAGCGUUUCUGAUGACGGUGGGCAGCGCGCCCUGGUCCUGACCUAGGGCUCCGUUCGUUGCAGCUCGCCUGUGCAGUUUCCGACUGGUACAGGUCACCCAGGAGGCCCGCGUCACCCUCAGACGGGCAGGAUGAACAACUGGCACAGGAUUUUCACCCAAAACGUGCUUGUCCCUCCCCACCCACAGAGAGCACGCCAGCCUGUGAAGGAAUCCACAGCGUUCCAGUGUGUCCUGAAGUGGCUGGAUGGACCGAUCAUUAGGCAGGGUGUGCUGGAGGUGCUGUCAGAGGUUGAAUGCCAUCUGCGAGUGUCUUUCUUUGAUGUCACUUACCGGCACUUCUUCGGGAGGACGUGGAAAACCACAGUGAAGCCGACAAAGAGACCGCCGUCCAGGAUCAUCUUCAAUGAGCCCUUGUAUUUUCACACAUCCUUAAACCACCCUCAUAUCGUGGCUGUGGUCGAAGUGGUUGCUGAGGGCAAGAAACCGGAUGGGACCCUCCAGACGUUGUCCUGUGGGUUUGGAAUCCUUCAGAUCUUCAGCAAGCAGCCGGAAUCUCCUACCUCUGCUUCCCAGGACAAACGGUUGCGGCUGUACCAUGGCACCCCCAGAGCCCUCCUGCACCCGCUUCUCCAGGACCCCGCAGAGCAAAACAAACACAUGACCCUCAUUGAGAACUGCAGCCUGCAGUACACACUGAAGCCACACCCGGCCCUGGAGCCUGUGUUCCACCUUCUUCCCGAGAACCUUCUGGUGUCUGGUCUGCAGCAGAUCCCUGGCUUGCUUCCAGCUCAUGGAGAAUCUGGCGACGCUCUCCGAAAGCCUCGCCUCCAGAAGCCCAUGACGGGGCACUUGGACGACUUAUUCUUCACGCUGUACCCUACCCUCGAGAAGUUUGAGGAAGAGCUGCUGGAGCUCCUCGUCCAGGACCACUUCCAAGAGGGAUGUGGCCUGCUGGACGGUGGUGCCCUGGAGAUCCUGGAGCGGCGCCUGCGUGUGGGUGUGCACAACGGUCUGGGCUUCGUGCAGAGGCCGCAGGUGGUUGUACUGGUACCUGAGAUGGACGUGGCCUUGACACGCUCAGCCAGCUUCAGCAGGAAAGUGGUCUCCUCUUCCAAGACCAGCUCUGGAAGCCAAGCUCUGGUUUUGAGAAGCCGCCUCCGCCUCCCGGAGAUGGUCAGCCACCCCGCGUUUGCGGUCGUCUUCCAGCUGGAGUACGUGUUCAGCAGCCCUGCAGGAGUGGACGGCAAUGCAGCUUCGGCCACCUCUCUGUCCAAGCUGGCGUGCAUGCACAUAGUCCGCUGGGCUGUUUGGAACCCCUUGCUGGAAGCUGAUUCUGGAAGGGUGAUGCUGCCUCUGCAGGGCGGGAUCCAGUCCAACCCCUGGCACUGUCUGGUCUACAAGGUCCCCUCAGCCAGCAUGAGCUCUGAAGAGGUGAAGCAGGUGGAGUCGGGUACAGUCCAGUUCCAGUUCUCGCUGGGCUCAGAAGAACACCUGGAUGCACCCGCGGAGCCUGUCAGCGGCCCCAAGGUGGCGCGGCGACUUGCCGGGAAACCACCCACGUCCCCUUCCAGCCUGCCAGCACCAGCACCUCGAGGUCUCGCUGCCCUGCAGGACUCGCCUGUGGGACCAGGGCUGUCGAUUUCCCAGCUGGCAGCCUCCCCACGGUCCCCGACUCAGCACCGCUCGGCCAGGCCCACUUCCCAGCCACCCCGUGGCUCUCAGGCCUCUGCAGCCCAGGCACAGGAGUUCCCAUUGGAGGGUGGUGUCUCCCACCUGGAAGCCAACCUGGGCCAGCCCUCCCUGCUCCUCGAAACAUCCAUUGCUGAACAGUUACAGGAGCUGCCGUUCACGCCUUUGCAUGCCCCUAUAGUCGUGGGAACCGAGACCAGGAGCUCUGCAGGGCAGCCCUCGAGGGCCUCCAUGGUGCUCCUGCAGUCCUCUGGCUUUCCUGAGAUUCUGGAUGCCAAUAAACAGCCAGCCGAGGUGGUCAACCCUGCACACCCUGUGACGUUUAACCCUCAGAAGGAGGAAUCGGACUGUCUACAAAGCAACGAGAUAGUGCUACAGUUUCUCGCCUUUAGCAGAGUGGCCCAGGACUGCCGAGGAACGUCAUGGCCAGAGACUGUGUAUUUCACCUUCCAGUUCUACCGCUUCCCACCCGCAGCGACACCACGACUGCAGCUGGUCCAGCUGGAAGAGGCCGGGCAGCCCAGCUCUGGCGCCCUGACCCACAUCCUUGUGCCUGUGAGCAGAGACGGCGCCUUUGAUGCUGGGUCUCCUGGCUUCCAGCUGAGGUACAUGGUGGGCCCCGGGUUCCUGAAGCCUGGCGAGCGGCGCCACUUCACCCGCUACCUGGCCAUGCAGACCCUGCAGAUCGACGUCUGGGAUGGAGAUUCCCUGCUGCUCAUCGGCUCUGCCGCCGUCCACAUGAAGCAUCUCCUCCGCCAAGGCCGGCCGGCUGUGCAGGCCUCCCACGAGCUUGAGGUCGUGGCGACCGAAUACGAGCAGGACACCAUGGUGGUGAGUGGCGACGUGCUGGGGUUUGGCCGUGUCAAGCCCAUCGGCGUCCACUCGGUGGUGAAGGGCCGGCUGUACCUGACCUUGGCCAAUGUGGGUCACCUGUGUGAACAGAAAGUAAGAGAUGCUAGUACACUGCCACCGUCCAGAUCUCGGGUCAUCUCAAACGAUGGGGCCAGCCACUUCCCUGGAGGCAGCCUCCUCACGAGUGGAAGCUCAAGGCGAAAGCGUGUGGUGCAAGCGCAGAAGCUGGCGGACGUGGACAGUGAGCUGGCUGCCAUGCUGCUGACCCAUGCCCAGUGGGGCAAGGGGCCUCAGGACAUCGGCCGUGAGGUGGAUGCCACCCGCAGGCGCAAGCUGGAGCGGAUGAGGUCUGUGCGCCUGAAGGAGGCCGGGGGAGCAUUGGGCCGGCGCGGGACCAGCGUUCUGGCCCAGCAGAGUGUCCGCACACAGCACUUGCGGGACCUACAGGUCAUUGCUGCCUACCGGGAACGCAUGAAGGCUGAGAGCAUCGCCAGCCUGCUUAGCCUAUCCAUCACCACGGAGCACACGCUUCAUGCCACGCUGGGGGUCGCCGAGUUCUUCGAGUUUGUGCUUAAGAACCCCCACAACACACAGCACACAGUGACCGUGGAGAUCGACAACCCCGAGCUCAGCCUCAUCGUGGACAGUCAGGAGUGGAGGGACUUGAAGGGUGCGGCUGGCCUGCACACACCGGUGGAGGAGGACAUGUUCCACCUGCACGGCAGCCUGGCCCCCCAGCUCUACCUGCGCCCCCACGAGACCGCCCACGUCCCCUUCAAGUUCCAGAGCUUCUCUGCGGGGCCGCUGGCUGUGACGCAGGCCUCUCCUGGAUUGAGCAACGAGAAGGGCAUGGAUGCCAUGUCACCUUGGAAGUCCAGCACAGUGCCCACUAAACACGCCAAGGUCUUGUUCCGAGCAAGUGACGGCAAGCCCAUCGCCGUGCUCUGCCUGACCGUGGAACUGCAGCCCCACAUGGUGGACCAGGUCUUCCGCUUCUAUCACCCGGAGCUCACCUUCCUGAAGAAGGCCAUCCGCCUGCCACCCUGGCACACGCUUCCAGGUGCUCAGGUGGGGAUGCCUGGUGAGGACCCCCCAGUCCACAUUCGCUGCAGCGACCCGAAUGUCAUCUGUGAGACCCAGCACGUGGGCCCCGGGGAGCCACGGGACGUGUUUCUGAAGGUAGCUAGUGGUCCGAGCCCGGAGAUCAAAGACUUCUUUGUCACCAUUUACUCGGAUCGCUGGCUGGCGGUGCCUACACAGACGUGGCAGGUGUACCUCCACUCCCUGCAGCGUGUGGAUGUCUCCUGCAUCACAGGCCAGCUGACCCGCCUGUCCCUUGUCCUUCGGGGGACGAAGACAGUGAGGAAAGUGAGAGCUUUCACCUCGCACCCCCAGGAGCUGAAGACGGACCCCAAAGGUGUCUUUGUGCUGCCACCUCGAGGGGUGCAGGACCUGCAUGUUGGCGUGAGGCCUCUCAGGGCUGGCAGCCGCUUCAUCCACCUGAACCUGGUGGACGUGGAUUGUCACCAGCUGGUGGCCUCCUGGCUCGUGUGCCUCUCCUGCCGCCAGCCGCUCAUCUCCAAGGCCUUUGAGAUCAUGUUGGCUGCGGGUGAAGGGAAGGGCGUCAACAAGAGUAUCACCUACACCAACCCCUACCCCUCCCGGAGAACGUUCCACCUGCACAACGACCACCCGGAGCUGCUGCGGUUCAGGGAGGACUCCUUCCAGGUUGGGGGUGGAGAGACCUACACCAUCGGCAUGCAGUUCGCGCCUAGUCGGAGAGCUGGGGAGGAGGAGAUCCUGAUCUACAUCAACGACCAUGAGGACAAAAAUGAAGAGGCGUUUUGCGUGAAGGUCAUCUACCAGUGAGGGCUUGAGGGCGGCGGCCUCCCUGCCAGCCCUGCUGGGAUCCGUCUGUGCCCCUGCUGCUCUGCGGGCCGCCCUCUCUGCCUCUGCGUAGCCUCUGACCUCAGGGCCCACCGGGCUGACCUGUGCACGUGGCGGAGGAAGCAGAGACCGUAGCACCUGCGUGCAGUGUCGCUGCUGCCAACACCCAGCAGUCCUGGGUUCCGUGAGCAUGAAUUUGUGGCAGCGGCCCUGGCUCUGGUGCUGCAAUGCACGCACGUGGGACCCACGUUAUUUCUGUUGCUCAAAAUAUAUUUUAUGAAUCAUUCUAAGUGACAAAAUCAUGUUUUUCUUACUGGAUUUUGUACACACAUAAUCUGUUAUUUGCUAUGCAAUAUUUUAUGCUGGUGUUAUAUCUUUUUUAAAUUGUUGAACAAGAUACUAAACUUUUACACGCCUUC